AUGAAAUAUCCUUCGAAAUAUAUAGCACUGCUGUUCACAUACGGCACAGUUGGCUUUGCUGACUACCUGGGUCCAACAUACCCACCUCCGGUCGAUCUCUCUAGCCAGCAGAGUCUAGUCACAGCUGCAUGGAAAAACCUCACUACCACCCUUGACUCUUAUCUCAAACGCAAUCCCAGUGGCUCUGCAACUACUGCUGUUUCUCGUAUACAAAACACCACAUUCUCGACAAAUAUUUUUUCAAUUCACGACUCGAAUGCCGCAAAGCUUCAAUACCACUGGACCAGCCCCGAAAUAGCCAGCUCCAAAAAUGGCACGAACAAGGUUAAUGGUGACAGCAUUUAUCGUAUGGCUAGCGCAACAAAGCUAUACACCACCUAUGCUGGUAUGAUCGCUCUGACUGAAGAAGAAUGGAACCUUCCACUCACUCAGAUUAACCCACUAUUCGCCGAAGCGAUUGCCAAAAGCGAAGACCCAAUCUGGAAUGUUGAAUGGGACAAGGUCACGCCAUGGGCAUUGGCAUCGCAAAUUUCCGGUAUCCCACGCCAGGGGUGGCCAGCUCUAGACACACUCUACAACUUUACGAUCUACGAUUACCUCGGUCUGCCGACAGAAGACCCUGUCACAGCUUGGGGUCUACCACCAACAGACAUCGCGACAUUGGGUCCCUGCUGGAACCCUAAAGAGCUAUGCGAUGGCCCAGACCUUAUCAAAUCAGUCCGCGUUCAACCACCAGCCUUUUUACCCUGGCAGACCCCAAUGUACGCCAAUGACAAUUUCAUGAUGCUCGGACUCAUGAUCUCCAAUAUAACUGGCCGGAGUAUGUCAGAUAUCUACCAGAAGGUGAUCUUCGAUCAGCUGAAUCUUACAUCUUCAUUCUCAUCACCACCGACCUCGAGGGCGGAUCUUGCUCGCUCUGUUAUUGCCGGUCCACCGGAGUCAGGCUUCCUAAUCGAUGUUCCUGUCACCACGCCAUCCGGUGGUCUGUUCACCUCAAGCAAUGAUCUCGCCAAAUUUGGUAUUGCUAUUUUGAACAGCACUCUUCUUCCUUCUAAUACCACCCGCAAAUGGAUGAAGCCUCAUUCACAUACGGCUAGUUUGACUUACUCCCUCGGUGCCCCUUGGGAAAUCAUUCGUUAUUUGAAUCCCAGUACCGGCAAGGUUACGGAUCUGUAUACCAAACUAGGUGACUCGGGUUACUACGGUGCGAACAUUGUUUUGAUACCGGAUUACAACGCUGGUUUCAGUAUUCUGACCGCAUCGACCGGUGCUGAGCGCGAUGUAGCUACAAAUAUUAUCCUGGACUCCAUCACUAAUACAAUAGUCCCUGCGCUGGAAGCCCAGGCUGCGUUGGAGGCGACAAGGAACUAUGUCGGGACGUACGAAUCCACGGACUCUACUCUCAAUUCGUCUAUCACUGUCGCUUUCAAUCAGUCUUCUGUCAUUACGUCCAUGUCGGGCUUGAGUAUUACACGCUGGAUCUCAAACGGUACAGAUGUGUUGGCUUCGGAUCUUUUCUUAGGUGGUCGGCCGAGGCUUUUGCUCAGUAUACCUAAGCAGACGGGGGAUGGGGAGGAGGGUCAGGUUGCUUUUCAGGUUACGCCUCAGCCGCAGCUUUGGAGUUAUUUUGCUUCUGGUGCGAAGAGGCUCGAUGCUGUUGGUCCAUUUACUGGACAGUACAAUACUAAUUAUGAUUGGUUGGUGGCUGAUGCGACUCAUUAUGCUGGGCUUGGGAUGAAUUUGUUUGUUUUUGAUGUGGAUCAGGGUGGCAAUGCUACUUCUUUGAGACCUGCUGCUCAGAGGGUUACUUUGCAGAAGAAGUAG